UUUUUAUACCAGAUAUUUUCAUCAAGCUUUGACACAACAUUCAGAUAUUUUCAACUCUCUCCAUUUUAGAAAAAAGCUUAAAUACCCAAGUUUGGAUUCACCACUCUCCACUAGAUCCCUUUCAUCUACCACACAAACUUAGCUGAAAGAUCAAUGGCAGCCAUGGCAACAGCUCUCACUUCACUGUCUUCAAGCCCCAAACCAACAUUCCUAGACCACAACAAGUCAUCCUUCAGCGGCACUCCAAUUCCUUCUCGCUUCACUCCCAUCAAGUCGUCCUCACACAACUCUGCCAUUUCCAUGUCCUUAACCCCUCCUUAUGACUUACAAUCCUUUAAAUUCCAACCCAUCAAAGAAUCCUAUGUUUCUCGUGAAAUGACACGCCGUUACAUGAUGGACAUUAUUACCUAUGCUGACACUGAUGUUAUCAUCGUCGGCGCCGGUUCCGCUGGCCUCUCUUGUGCUUACGAGAUUAGCAAAAACCCCAACAUCCGUGUUGCCAUAAUCGAACAAUCUGUUAGCCCUGGUGGAGGUGCAUGGCUUGGUGGCCAACUAUUUUCAGCCAUGGUUGUUCGCAAACCAGCUCACAGGUUCCUCGACGAGCUCGGCAUCCAAUAUGACGAACAAGAAGACUACGUUGUCAUCAAGCAUGCAGCUUUGUUCACAUCAACAAUCAUGAGCAAGCUUUUAGCAAGGCCUAACGUGAAGUUGUUCAAUGCUGUGGCUGCUGAGGAUCUGAUAGUCAAAGGAAACAGGGUUGCCGGUGUGGUAACGAACUGGGCUUUGGUAUCAAUGAACCACGACACACAAUCCUGCAUGGACCCGAACGUGAUGGAGUCUAAGGUUGUGGUCAGUUCUUGUGGACAUGAUGGACCUUUUGGAGCCACUGGGGUCAAGAGAUUGAAGAGCAUUGGGAUGAUUGACAGCGUCCCUGGAAUGAAGGCACUGGAUAUGAACACGGCAGAGGAUGCAAUCGUUAGGCUCACAAGGGAAAUUGUGCCUGGCAUGAUUGUAACAGGAAUGGAAGUUGCAGAGAUUGAUGGUGCCCCAAGAAUGGGUCCAACAUUUGGAGCAAUGAUGAUAUCAGGGCAGAAAGCAGCACACUUAGCCUUGAAGGCAUUGGGGCAGCCCAACGCCAUAGAUGUGACCUUCAGCAAAGCUGAAAGGGUACAGCCUGAGUUUGUUCUAGCUGCUGCUGAAACAGAGGAGACUGUGGAUGCUUGAAAAAAUAUUUGAUAAUUUUCAGGAAAUGGAAUAAAUAAAGAAACAUGUGGAUGAAAUUAGACCUUUUUGGAAUGAAUUGAUGCAUUGAAUGUGAACAAAA